AUGGGCUCGAAUUCAUGUUCUUCUUCUUCUUCUCCAAAUCCUAAGAAAUUGAAAUUCAGACUCAGUCCCUUCCUCUGCUUCUUAUUCUUAUUCCUCAACUUCCCCACCGCCACAGCUUUUUUCCGAAACCCGUUUCGGAAACCCGAAAUCUCCUACUCCCAGCACUGCAAUGACGUCGUUCCCGAGCCCCCUUUAUCCUCCGACAAUGUCCCUGUUUCCCACUCCAACGAUUUCCUCAGCUUCCAAUUCGCAUUUUUCUCCGGCGGCGUCGGAAUCUUCAACCGAACAUCUGAGUCCGGGAUAUCUCUCUCCUUCAACCCCUCAUAUAUCAAAAACACCACCUCCCACGGCGUUCACAAGGUCAAAGCCACCCUGAACAUUCGAGACCCGUGGAAGCAAUCUGUUUUCGGUCGGCGGCGUUUGAUUAGUAUUAGGUAUCGGGAAGACGAUUCGGUGUUUUCGGUUAAUGGGUAUUGGUCAGAAUCUUCUGGGAAGCUUUGUAUGGUCGGAUCAGGGAAGAGUUAUGUUGGUUCGUUUAGUUCAAAAUAUCCAGAUGUUGUUCUUAAGCUUAAUUAUUCAAAAAAUAAUAGCAUUUAUGGUAGUUUGAUUGGUGGAACAUUAGAAUGUUUGCAUAUGAAAAAUGAUUAUAAUUACUUUGAACCGAUUCUGAUAUUGGGUUUGUCACAAAAUCCAGAUUAUGAGUAUGCAAAGGUUGAUAAGAGUGAUUGUUUGAGUGCGCAGAAAGGUGAUGGAGAUAUUAAUUUGUCUCCAAGCAAAUUGGACCGCGGUGUUUGUUUCUUUUUUGAUGGCCAGACUAGUCUUCAUGAAUUGGAAUAUUGGAGUGAUUGUGGUAGUGUGAAUUGCAAUCCUUUACGUGGGAGUAUUGAGUAUUUGCCUUACUAUAUUGCUUAUCGUGGGGUUAGGUGUGACCAGCGCAGCAGAAAGGUGCAGUUGUUGUUGGGUUUUCCCAAUCCUAAUGAUAUGGAAUCUGAUUUUCCCGGUCCUAAUGCAACAUUAAUUGCUGAGGGUGCUUGGGAUGAGAAUGAGAAUAAGUUUUGUGGUGUUGCAUGCAGAAUUUUGGCUAAUGCUUCUGUUGGAGAUUGUGAAAUUGGGUUUAGUUUAAGAUUUCCGGCGGUAAUGUCAUUAAGGAAUUGGGGUAGUAUGGUGGGGGAAAUUUGGAGCAAGAAAGAUGUGAAGGAUUCAGGUUACUUUGGAAGAUUUGGGUUUCAGAAUUGGGUAGGAGUGAUUGACCCCCAAGGUCUUAGAUAUGAGUAUACUAAGAUUGAGGCUGUAAGAAAUUCUUGUGCACAAGGGAAGGAAAUUGUUAGGGGCAAGGGAAAGUCUUAUCCUGAUGGGUUUUCCCUCGACAUGGGAUUUGGUUUGUUGGUGAGGAACACUGAAGGAAAGGUAGCGUCGGGUUUCUUAAGGCCACAAUUUGUGGGAGAUGUGAUUUAUGUUCAUCAGAAUGAGCUGAAAAGUAACCAUAGCAGAAUGCUGAAUAUGAGUUACAAGAUAACCUUCUUGUUUGAGGCUGAUGGUUUAUCCAAAUUAGUCAUUAUUUCUGCUGAAGGAAUAUAUGAUAGGGAUAUUGGUCUCCUGUGCAUGAUAGGAUGUCGGCAUCUUGAUUUUGAAUCACAUGAUCGAAAUUCGAUAAAAAAUGGUUCAGUGGACUGUGAAACAAGGGUUACUGUUCAAUUCCCUCCACUGCAUGCAGAGCAGGAUGAAAUUGCUAAGGGAACUAUUGAAAGCAGGCGAUCAAAGUCAGAUCCUCUUUACUUUCAACCUCUUCAACUGUCUUCAAAUUCGAUGACCACUACCCAAGCUAAAAAAUCCAUUUGGAAAAUGAAUUUGGGGAUUACCAUGGUUGUGAUUUGUUGUGGUGGUCUGCUAUUUGGUGUGCUAUUUAAAGGCCACUGCAUUCUUCCCAAAAGGUUUAGAGACAGUUCUAAAUACGAGGAAUUACCUGUUAUUGGCAAUGACAAAUUGUAA